AUGAGAUGGUUUAAACGAUCGACCGAGUCACCGAAACUGCUCAGUUUGUCCCCGCUGCGGCAUGCCGAGUCCGGGAAUGUGUACGGCGGCAAUGAACCACUGGCCAGUGGGUUGGCCGGAGAUCCUGACCGCCUUGGGACGUUCCGACGACGAAGUGCAGGCGAUGGGCUUGAAUCACAGCCUCCAGUUAGCUCUCCUGCCAGCUCGUCUGAUUCGUCCGGUUCGUCCGGUUCGAGUGGUGGAUCCUCACUUUCAACGGCAACCGGCUCUUCGGGCACUUCCAGCACGACCUCACCAUUUUCCUACACCAGUGAUAGCCUCAGCAAGAGCAGCAGCAACAGCAGCAACAGCAACAGCCACAGGAUCGUACCCGUCACGCCACGAAAAUCCCGCAUAGACCUGUCACCCGUCAACUGGGCAAAACGGACGGGAUCAUCCGGCAUCAACUGCUAUAGCAUCGAGGAAGGGCGGGUUAUCGAGCGUCCCAAAGGUCGCUACGUUUCACCGAUACGCAUCAAGCACAAACAGCAAGCACUCGCGAAUGCGGCGACGACCUGCACCACGAACGCCACAACUCCUCCUGGUCAUUCACAUCCUGCCACGUCCAACAUCAUCGCCAACACACCCGUGUCGAGGCGAAUACUACUGCAACGGGCCAGUGCCGAUAAGAGCGCUGACAGCUCAACCGCAGGCAGUGCGUCGUUGUACAAGCAGCUGAGUCGUUCGAUCGGCAACAUCGUCGACACGAUCGAGAGUCGCAGUCCGUCAUUAAGCCAACGAUCGAUACCGUACAGGGAGAAGAAAAAUCCGCUUGGAAGCACACGUCUAUCCUGCUACCAACCGAUCAGUCUCGAGGGCAAAUCGGACGAGGGUUCAGAGGCGAUCUUUCGUAACGAUCACCAGCAUGCUGCCAAACCGGAAGUCAACAGUGCGACCCUACGAGUGCAGAAAGUGCGCCAUCCGCUGUACAAAUCCGUCGACGAUCUAAUCUUCCUUGGGACGACCGGUGACGUCAUCGUGCCAUCGACGGCGCCUUCCGUUCCAACUGCAUCGACUGGAGCUGCUUUGGAAGCCGCAAACCCAAGAGAACCCGCAACAGAAACGAGCACUCAUAAUCAAGGCGCAGCAAUUGUUGCAUUACAGCAGCGAUUAGCUUCGCCGAGUGCGUCACUGACGGUGGGGAUCGACUCAAGACGGAACCAACAACACGCUAUCGUCGUUGAUACGGACCGACCCCAAACGAAAACUGCUGCUGAGCGUCGUUUAUCGUACCCAAGCGUGGGGAGUCCUGGGAUUUCGAUUGACCACCGUGGCUUAACGGUGGUGGUCUCGGACGAACCAGCGGCCUGUAGCACAACUUGCGAAGUACCAAAGAACGAAUCCGCAAUCACAACGACGACGGAGAUGGCGGAUUCAGCGGACCAUGAUGAGACGUACGGGUUCGCGCAGAUGCGCACAACACUUGGUCCGAUCGAGACUGCGUACCGGUUGCGAUUGGAGGCGUUCAAACACGAGUCUGGGCACGAUGGAGUUGCCCCACUUAAGACCCCAAAGAGAAAGGACAACUUCACCAACAAGAUCCGUGCGAUGUCGGACCGCACGCAGAAGCUGUUCUCGCGGAUCUACUCCACGAACGCCAGUGCGACGACUGGUCAGAAGGGUUACUCCUUAUCGGCUACCAAAUCGCUCAAGAAAUCCACCGGCAAGCUGUCGGAAGCGAGCCGACGUAGUGUCAGCUACGGUGCACUGCCUGGGUUGGGCGAUUUCCAACGGAACACAUCCAAAGAGCACGCUGGUGAUUACGAGGACAUCGAGAAGUCCGUCGUAGAGUGUCGUCACGAGGACGACGAUGAGGACCGAGUGGUGCCUCAGGUGAAGCAAAUCCCGAUCGACGACCUGGAGGCAGAACUACUGGGAGGUGUUGGAACCACAGUCAUCACCAUCGGCACCGGACACACCGACGCAGAGGACGGUGAUUCUGGCAUUCUGGUGAACGAAUCUGGCGCCUCAUCUAUCCUCGAGACGGAUGACGUGUUCGAACAGGGUCCCAGAAUUCCCUGCAUUCCGACCAAAGUGCAGGGUGGUGGAUGUUUGGACGCCACUGAGUUCAAACUGGUCACGAUCCGGUUAGAUGAUCCGGUUGACCCGGAACCAACCGUGGAAGAUGGAACCGGUGGGUUGGGUAUCAUCAUUACGCCGAUUGCCACCUCGGAGGGAGAAGUUAGCAACCGCUACAAGGUGGCCCACGUGCUGCCUGGAGGACUUGUUUACAGAGAAGGUUCGAUACAACCGAACGAUGAGAUUGUCAACAUCCUCGGGAAGCGACUACGUGGGUUGUCGAUGCGCCAGGUGCAGGAGCUACUCAACAGUUGCGCCCGCAAUCGGGGCUUGAACCGCACCAGCAUCGAUCUUGUCAUUUGCCGUAGCAGGGCAAAUGGCAUCGAUCAGCAGGAAGGUGACGAUCAGCAACACCAUCUGCAACAGCGGCCACCCUCGUCGGCCAGCCGGAGGUUGUUCCGAAACAGCCGAAAGAUAUCACUCGAUUCGUACCUCGAGGACGAACGACCCGAUCACAGUGGGAGCGAGACCGGUUCCGAGCAGGAUACGGCCAAUUAUGCUUCGAUUGCCAUCAAAAUCGAUGGCAACAAGUACAACACCCUCGGGACACCGAGACGCACGAAGCAACCGCUCUCGAUGGUCUACAAACCGCAACAGCAGCAGCAGCAGCAGCAGCAGCAGCAUCAGCAGGUGUUACAGCAACCCCAACAACAACCACCUUCCCUUAACACCGUCUCAUGCGAUGGCACAGAGGUUGAUUCGCAACCACCUUCGCUGGACUGCGCCAAACGACGAUCGUUUACGAAAAACGUCUCAACGACGCAACCCUCUAACGCGUCCUCCAAAGUCGUCCGUCGGUCACUGGUUGGCAAACAGACGACGACUACUCCUCAGCAACAGCUGCUGCAACCAACCGGAUGUCCACUGACGACGACCCGCAGUACGCUGAAUCUGUGCGAUGACGAGAAGCUGGAACUGCAUGCAUCUACCUCGGAUGAUGCGGAAACAAGCAGUGGUACGAGUUCACUGGAGCUGGACAAGACUACCGCCAGCAACUUCUGCACGUUACCACGUCGGCCCAAAUCAACCGCCCUCUGUUCGUUCCACACGGUCGCAUUCGAGAAGGGUCCAGGCAAGAAGUCACUCGGAUUUACCAUCGUAGGUGGACGGGAUAGUCCACGUGGGGCGCUCGGUAUCUUCAUCAAGAGUAUCCUGCCUUCUGGUCAGGCUGCUGAGGAUGGGCGGUUGCGAGCGGGUGACGAGGUGCUAGCAGUUAACGGACAAGUCUGCCACGAUCUCACCCACCUCGAAGCCGUGAAGAUGUUCAAAAGCAUCAAGACGGGUGAAAUUGUGCUUCAGCUGUGCCGCAGGAACAAGUCCUCCCAUCGCUCGAUGGACAUCGAUGCUAAUGCAUGCUGAGGAGGACUAGCGGACUGGGAAGCUCGGUGAAAGACUUAUUAGCGGGUAGAUAGGCAGGUCGAAAGAUGCUGUACAGGGUGGGCUAAGGGAGCUACUUAGUAGGCGCGGCGUUUGCAAGUUAAGUUAACGUAUAGUAGCGAGCUUAGUAGGCCGGUGGUGUAAAUAUCUGCUCGGCAUGCUCGCGCGUGUCCUGGCGGCUAAAAAUAGUGUAGUGUUCGAGCGACAACAAAAUGGCGCAAACUCUGUCAGACUCUGUAUGUACGUGUAUCGAAUAUAAUUUAAAACA